GUGCUACUAACAACACCAACCACACCAACAGAGAGGAUGAAGGAAAUCACAAAAGCUUCAGAAGGAUUCGUUUAUCUUGUGAGUGCUGUCGGAGUUACAGGUGCACGCUCAAAUGUAAACUUACGUGUUGAGCAUCUUCUUCAUGAGAUCAAGCAGGUUACAGACAAACCUGUGGCUGUUGGCUUUGGCAUAUCAACUCCAGAGCAUGCGAAGCAGAUCGCGGGCUGGGGAGCGGAUGGUGUGAUUAUUGGAAGUGCGAUUGUUAGACAGCUGGGUGAAGCCGCUUCUCCUGAAGAAGGGCUGAGAAGAAUAGAAGAGUACGCCAAGAGCAUCAAGGCUGCUAUUCCAUGAGAUGGCAGUUCCAUCAUGAACAAGCCAAUUAGUAGAUCGUAAGCAUGUCGUUUAUCAUCUGGUAGUCUGCUCGAUGGACCUGGAAUUUGUAGUUUGUCUAGCAUAUUUGAUUCCAGUGCUCAAAACAAUUAUAACUUUGUGUGUUAUAAUCACAAUAUGAAUUAACAAGGUAAUCUGGAAAUGGUACGAAGCUCGAUCGUGAAA